GCAAAGAGGCUCCGGCUCGCGGCCAGAGUCCGUUGGAUCGGAUCUACAGACCCUUCACGUGGUUGCCAGGGCUAGGGUGCGGGGUGCCGGGUCCAGCUGCCCUGUGCCCUCUGAGCCGGGCGCCCAGAAGCCGCCUGCUGCCGGCAUGGACCAUCCUCGCUGCUGGCCAAGCACCCGCCAGAGCGGCGUGAUCUACUGUCGGGACUCGGACGAAUCCAACUCGCCCUGCCAUAUCACCAGCGUGUCGCAGGGCCCCGCAGCCCCCCAGCCCGGCCUCUUCGUCCAGACCGACGCCGCCGACGCCGUACCCCGGAGCCGCGCGUCCGGACCCCCCAGCGCCGCUCGGGUCCGUAGGGCCCGCCGCGCAGAGCUGGGCAGUGGCAGCAGCACCGACUCUGCGGCCCCCACGGGGACCACCUGCAGGGGCCGGAGGCGCCACUGCUGCAGCAGCGCGGAGGCCGAGACCCAGACCAACUACUCCAACGUCAAGCAGGUUUCUCCUGCGGAGGUACGCAUUGGGCCCAUGAGACUGACGCAGGAUCCUAUCCAGGUUCUGCUGAUCUUUGCCAAAGAGGACAGUCAGAGCGACGGGUUCUGGUGGGCCUGCGACAGAGCCGGCUUCCGGUGCAACAUCGCCCGGACUCCGGAGUCAGCCCUGGAGUGCUUUCUAGAUAAACAUCAUGAAAUUAUCGUCAUUGAUCACAGACAAAGUCGAAACUUUGAUGCAGAAGCUGUGUGCAGGUCGAUCCGGGCCACAAACCCCUCGGAGCACACGGUGAUCCUCGCGGUGGUUUCACAAGCAUCGGGCGACCACGAAGAGGCCUCAGUCCUCCCUCUUCUUCAUGCAGGCUUCAACAGGAGAUUUGUGGAGAAUAGCAGCAUCACUGCUUGCUAUAAUGAACUUAUUCAAAUAGAACACGGGGAAGUUCGCUCACAGUUCAAAUUACGGGCCUGUAAUUCAGUGUUUACAGCAUUAGACCACUGCCACGAAGCCAUAGAAAUAACAAGCGAUGAGCAUGUGAUUCAGUAUGUCAACCCAGCCUUCGAAAGGAUGAUGGGCUACCACAAGGGCGAGCUCCUGGGGAAAGAACUCGCGGAGCUGCCCAAGAGCGACAAGAACCGGGCAGACCUCCUCGACACCAUCAACACGUGCAUCAAGAAGGGCAAGGAAUGGCAAGGGGUUUACUAUGCCAGACGGAAGUCCGGGGACAGCAUCCAACAGCACGUGAAGAUCACCCCCGUGAUUGGCCAAGGAGGGAAAAUUAGGCAUUUUGUCUCCCUCAAGAAACUGUGUUGUACCACUGACAAUAAUAAGCAGAUUCACAAGAUUCAUCGUGAUUCAGGAGACAAUUCUCAGACAGAGUCCCAUUCACUCAGAUACAAGAACAGGAGGAGAGAGUCCAUCGAUGUGAAAUCAAUAUCAUCUCGAGGCAGUGAUGCACCGAGCCUCCAGAACCGCCGCUAUCCGUCUAUGGCCAGGAUCCACUCCAUGACCAUCGAGGCGCCCAUCACGAAGGUUAUAAAUAUAAUCAAUGCGGCCCAAGAAAACAGCCCCGUCACAGUAGCGGAAGCCUUGGACAGAGUUUUAGAAAUUUUACGGACCACGGAAUUGUACUCCCCUCAGCUGGGUACCAAAGAUGAAGAUCCUCACACCAGCGAUCUCGUCGGAGGCCUGAUGACUGAUGGCCUGCGAAGGUUGUCCGGAAAUGAGUACGUGUUCACUAAGAACGUGCACCAGAGUCACAGUCACCUGGCGAUGCCAAUAACCAUCAACGAUGUCCCCCCUUGUAUCGCCCAGUUACUGGAUAAUGAGGAAAGUUGGGAGUUCAACAUCUUUGAGUUGGAAGCUGUUACACAUAAAAGGCCACUGGUUUACCUGGGCUUAAAGGUCUUUUCCCGGUUUGGAGUCUGUGAGUUUUUACACUGUUCUGAAACCACUCUUCGGGCCUGGCUCCAAGUGAUCGAGGCCAACUACCACUCCUCCAACGCGUACCACAACUCCACCCAUGCCGCCGACGUGCUGCACGCCACCGCCUUCUUCCUCGGGAAGGAACGAGUGAAGGGCAGCCUCGACCAGCUGGAUGAGGUGGCAGCACUGAUCGCUGCCACAGUCCAUGACGUGGACCACCCGGGAAGGACCAACUCUUUCCUCUGCAACGCAGGCAGUGAACUUGCUGUGCUCUACAAUGACACCGCCGUCUUGGAGAGUCACCACACAGCCCUGGCCUUCCAGCUGACGGUGAAGGACAACAAAUGCAACAUUUUCAAGAAUAUUGACAGGAACCAUUAUCGAACGCUGCGCCAGGCUAUUAUUGACAUGGUCUUAGCAACAGAGAUGACAAAACACUUUGAACAUGUGAACAAAUUUGUGAAUAGCAUCAACAAGCCGAUGGCAGCUGAGACCGAGGGCAGUGACUGUGAAUGCAACCCUAUUGGGAAGAACUUACCUGAAAACCAAAUCCUGAUCAAGCGCAUGAUGAUUAAGUGUGCUGACGUGGCCAACCCAUGCCGCCCCCUGGACCUGUGCAUCGAAUGGGCAGGGAGGAUCUCCGAGGAAUACUUCGCACAGACCGAUGAAGAGAAGAGACAGGGACUACCUGUGGUGAUGCCAGUGUUUGACCGGAAUACCUGUAGCAUCCCCAAGUCACAAAUUUCCUUCAUUGACUACUUCAUAACAGACAUGUUCGAUGCUUGGGAUGCCUUUGCACACCUGCCAGCCCUAAUGCAACACCUGGCCAACAACUACAAGCACUGGAAGACAUUAGAUGACCUGAAGUGCAAGAGUCUGAGGCUCCCAUCCGACAACUGAACCAGGACAGAGAAGGGGACCCCUUACCCACAAAGGACACGGUGACUCACAGUAGUGUAAAGGAGAGGCUUUCCUUUAUGAUGAAAAUGACAACUGUAGGUCAAGGAGCUAAUGUUUGAUAUCUGACCUUGAAUCAUGUAAAUCCCCAAAUUUCAGUUUUGGAAAGUUAUAUUCCAUGAAGAAAAAUGUGUUCUUUAUAUAAUCACAUAGUGACAGAACAAACACAGGGAAAAAUCCUUUGCCCUGCUGUGACCCUGUGUGUCCUCGUCAACCAUGGAGCUGAAAGACUAUACCUAGCAGGACACAAGCAGCAAAACCUGGUGUCUCUGAGCCCAUCUCCCUAGAUGAUGAUGACCAAGUAGCUUAGCUAGAGUUCAGCCCAUAUGUUACCACAAAAGUCACCACCACUGUUUAGUGUCAUUGUUUUCCUCAAGAGCAUUGAUCUGAAGAAUUCCUAAGAGUAUCUAAACAAAACCCAAAACUAUAAAAUGAGCAAAACAAUAAGGAUCAAAUUAUUGAUACAUUGGUUAGCUUCACAGCCUCCAUAGUUAUGGGGUUCUUCUGAUCGAUGUUAUGACACCCAAGUUAGCCAUGGCCUGGUGCGUGCCUUCUCUAGACUGGUCUUGGCAGCCCGUAUAGCCCUCUUUCCUGUAAAAGGCAUUCAUCUGAACAGAAAGCCAUCCAUGAUGGGGAAGGGAGUGACAUUUUGUUUCAGGGAACUCCAUGAGAUUCCCUUAUUUGUGGUUAACAGAGGCAGUCACAAGGCACUACAGUGAGUAUUAUAUAAAAGCCAUUAAAUCUGAAUGCCCUUGGACAAGCUUUUUUUAAAAAAGAAAAAAUUUAUAUACAUUUGCUGUUUAAAAUUUUUACGAAAUCAAUCUAAAUUUUCUGGAGAAUGCUGUACCAUGUACCAUCUAUAUGUAUGUAUUUGGGAGGGGCUAGGGGAAGUUUCAAGGUUCAAUUGUUUUCUGCCUGUAUUUGUGAUCAUGCCAUUUUCCUUUAAUGAUGUAAAAAAAUGCAGGAUGUGUAAAUAUAUCAGAAUAUAGACAUGUGGGGAAACAGUAAAUAUUAUUAACUGUAUGCUAAAAGCUUCUAAAGCACAAGUGCAUAUUUUUAUACGGCUCUUUUCACAACUUUCUGUGAUCUACAUGAAGUCAGACUUGAAAUUUUCCUUUCUCUUCUACCGGCCAACCCUUCUCUAUGUAUUAUAAAUAUUAGAAGCUCAGUAAACAAAGUAUCUUCAUUUUUCUUUCAAAUUCUUUGUACUCCAUGCUGCAUUUUUAAGAGGUAUAAACAGAGACUGGAUUAAUUGA